CCUGCGUGGUGGUAUGCAGAUUUGUAAGUUGCCACUUCAUCGUCUCCCGUUAUCUACUCGCCACUCGAUAAUCAUACUGACUCAUUUCUCUUUAGUCGUCAAGACCCUCACUGGAAAGACUAUCACCCUCGAGGUUGAAUCCAGCGACACCAUCGAUAAUGUCAAGUCGAAGAUUCAGGAUAAGGAGGGUAUCCCUCCCGACCAGCAGCGUUUGAUCUUCGCUGGUAAGCAGUUGGAAGAUGGCCGCACCUUGUCCGAUUACAACAUCCAGAAGGAAUCUACCCUCCACCUGGUCCUUCGUCUGCGUGGUGGUAUGCAAAUCUUCGUCAAGACCCUCACCGGCAAGACCAUCACGUUGGAAGUGGAAUCUAGCGACACCAUCGACAACGUGAAGAGCAAGAUUCAAGAUAAGGAGGGCAUUCCCCCCGACCAGCAGCGUCUCAUUUUCGCCGGAAAGCAGCUGGAAGAUGGCCGUACCCUGUCCGAUUACAACAUCCAGAAAGAGUCCACUCUUCACCUGGUCCUUCGUCUCCGUGGUGGUAUGCAGAUCUUUGUCAAGACGCUCACUGGCAAGACAAUCACAUUGGAGGUCGAGAGCUCGGACACGAUCGACAACGUCAAGAGCAAGAUUCAAGACAAGGAGGGUAUCCCUCCGGACCAGCAGCGUCUGAUUUUUGCCGGCAAGCAGCUCGAGGACGGGCGCACGCUCUCUGACUACAACAUCCAGAAGGAGAGCACGCUGCAUCUGGUUCUCCGACUCCGUGGUGGAAACUAGAAUGUCUUGCAUCUUGAUUCCGCAUGGCGUUUGGUUUGGUUCUUACGGGUUUUUUACGAUAUGGUUGCUGGGCAAUACCUUCUGUAUCACCAUGGAUCAUGGUGCAAUACAUAGUUCUAUCCUUUACUUUUACCUUCAACAAUGAAUGAAUAGCCAUCUGAGCUAUAUACAAUGCUAGCAUUGACAUAGUUCUUUAUCGCAUCUUUCUCU